AUGGGGAACCACGGGUCCAAUCUGGAUGAUAUCCUGGCCGAGGACAUGCAUCACUGGUACAACAAGUUCAUGAAGGAGUCUCCGUCGGGUCUCAUCACCCUGUUUGAGCUGAAGGCCAUCCUGGGGCUGCAGGGCAUGACCGAAAACGCCAACAGCUACGUGGACCAGGUUUUCAUUACCUUCGACAUGGACGGGGAUGGGUACAUAGACUUUGUGGAAUACAUCGCUGCAGUCAGUCUAAUGCUGAAAGGAGAAAUCAACCAGAAAUUAAAGUGGUACUUCAAACUUUUCGACCAAGACGGAAAUGGAAAGAUCGACAAAGAUGAACUGGAAACAAUCUUCACGGCGGUUCAGGACAUCACACGUAACCAUGACGUCACCCCUGAGGAGAUUGUGUCGCUCAUAUUCACGAGGAUCGACGUGAACGGAGAAGGUGAGCUGACUUUGGAGGAGUUCAUAGAGGGAGCGAAGGGACACCCUGACAUCAUGGAAAUGCUGAAGAAGAUGAUGGACCUGACUCCUGUGCUCAUCAUCAUCGUGGAGGGACGCCCAGCAUGAUAAGAGGACGCGCUGGCAGGAGUGUGGGAGACUGAAGAAAAACGUCUUGAACAUUUACCCUUUAAAGACCAUUUAUGAGAUUACCCCAUGAAGAACCAGAGGAGACGUGUUACAAGAAGCAGCCAAGCACACUACGUGGAGACACCUGGGGGGGGCACAUCUGGGGGGGGCACAUCUGGGGGACACUGAAGCUCGCUCUCUGAUCUCCGGCUUCCAGCUUCCAUCACAGUGAGCUCACCAGCUGGGCUCCUCUGGGAGGUCAAAGCUCACGCUGCUAACGUCCCUGCUGGAAUCAUGCUCCCUGGCCACUGAGAGAGAGCCUGUCCUUGGACUGUCUCUGAUCCUCCUAAUGCUGUAAAGGGUUCAGUUUGAGCUCCCCCCACCUGCCACACCACCGGGAUUUACAGCUUCAUCAUGUCAACGAGGUUUCUUAUUUUAGGAGGGAUUUGAGCCAACUCAAGCAGCUCUCUGAAGGACUGCCAGGGAAGAGGGUUCUGUAGAUACGCAUACCUUUUGUUCGUUUGUUCACUGACACCAAAAUCCUUGUGCUCCUGCCUGACCUGACCUGCUUUCCUGCAUCCCUGGAGAAGCACAGGUCAGACGGUUGCCUUUACAAAUAUUUCCAUGCUGGAUGUCAAUCAAACUGACACUGACAAUUAAUCCGUUUCUCUCUGUUCCUCUGGCUGGCAAUUACAAAACCCUGUACAUGCUGAACUGUGCAUCGUGUGAGGGAGUCUCUCUCACGAUACACAGUUUGACUCAGUCGAUAUCUAACCCUCCUGCUGAUCUGGUCUGUCAUAGUUGGCUUGAGUUUGUUCUGUUUUCCUAGUUUGUUGACUGUCACAAAUGGAAGUGGCAUUGUUUAUUUAAUCAUUACAAUAUUGAAACUGGUCAAGCUAUGAGACUUGUGUAUAUAUCAGUAAGUUACUAAGCAACAGAGGUAGAUAAUAUCCCAUCACAACCUUUCAGACAACAAAUUGACACACAGUGGAAUGUUAUUAUACAGUUCACUUUAAGGGAAGACUGACUGCUGGUUAUCAGUUCUCUGUGAGGACUACUCUGAACUACAGACAGUAGUUGUUUUGUCUUUUGUUUUUGUCUUUUUAUCUAUUUUUGUAUUCAGAGAAUGGAAGCGAAUGCACACAGCAGAGGAGAGAAUGACAGCGUAUUGUACAUAAUGAUGCUUGUGUUUUAUAAAGAUGUGAAUUCCGACGUUG